CCGCUUGGCGACGUAAGGACCGGUAAUGAGCUUUAGGCAGUUUUAGCAUUGAGACUUCCUGGAUACCGAGCAUACUAGCACGCUAGCGACGAUUAACCGUUUCUCCAUCAGCUUUGAGAUCCAAAACGUCUUUCCAAAACCAAGACGUUUGAGUGUACACGUUUGGGGGAGAUCAUGUCCGACAGCACUGAGAAGAAGGAGGCGAACGGGGACUGUGUGGACGCGAGACGCGAGGAUCAGGCAGAAGCCGGAGUGGGCUGGGCUGCAGGUGGGCCGGCCGUGCAGGUGGACGCAAAGGCCCGCCCCCACGCCUACCGCUACAGCCUGGACUACCCCUGUAUCGGCCAGUGUAUCAUCAUUAACAACAAGAACUUCAACAAGAGCAUCGGCAUGAACACGCGUAACGGCACGGAUAUCGACGCCGGCAACGUCAUGAAGGUGUUCGGCAAACUGGGCUACAAAGUGAAGGUGUUCAACGACCAGACGGUGGAGCAGAUCAAGAACGUUUUAACGGCAGUUUCCAAGGAGGACCACAGCCGCUAUGCAUCACUAGUGUGUGUGUUGCUGAGUCAUGGAGACGAGGGUGUGUUUUUUGGGACGGACGGUGCAUUGGAGCUGAAGGCCCUCACCAGCCUGUUCAGAGGAGACCGAUGUGCAUCGCUAGUGGGCAAGCCCAAACUCUUCUUCAUACAGGCCUGCAGAGGCACAGACUUGGAUCCAGGUGUGGAGACUGACUACCCAGACGAGUCCCCGGUGAAGAUUCCAGUGGAGGCUGACUUCCUCUAUGCCUACUCUACAGCACCAGGUUACUACUCCUGGAGGAACACCAUGACAGGUUCCUGGUUCGUCCAGGCUCUGUGCGAGAUGCUCUGCACGUAUGGCCGCGAGCUGGAACUCAUGCACAUCAUGACCAGGGUCAACCACAAGGUGGCGCUGGACUUCGAGUCCACCUCCAACCUGCCAGGCUUCGACGCCAAGAAGCAGAUCCCCUGCAUUGUGUCCAUGCUCACCAAAGAGAUGUACUUUACCUGCUGAGAGGAGGAUGUCCCAGCACGCUGCAGACAGCAGGCUGAGCUCUAGGGACACGGGUAAAGCCACAAUCAGGGAUUUCAGCCCAAGAAAUGGGCGACUAUGCCAGGUGAAUGUGGAACUCGACAGCCAAUGUCCUCGCAGUGUUUUAGGCCUUCUAGAAUUUUCUUAGCGUUUGUAAACACCUAAGAAUCCAAAUCCUAAAAAGAUGGUUAAGGCAGACUUGCGCUAGAAACGUAAUGUGAACAAAACUGACUUUGCAAAUCCCUGAUUGUGGCUUUUGUGAAAAGUGCUUGGGUGUGUGCGAACAUUGCUUUUAGGCACCAGUAGGACACAUUUAAAAUGAAAAAAAAAAAAAAAAACAUUUAAAAGUUUGGAAUUGGCCAGAAAUCUCCUGUAGGGAUCUUGCUCUGAAGUAGCAGUGAUGGUAGGGGUCUAUCCUAAAAGUUCAAAAGUGACUCGGUAGCUAUGAACUGUUUGUAGUUUUCAUUGUCCUUGCUCAUCAAUAUUUACUUUGUGUUUGUCUUCACAUCAGGAUAUUGAGUAUCUUGCCAACUUGUUUAUUUUUCUGUUCGUUUAACUUUUCAAGCUUUGUUUACAUCAUGUGAAACCAUUUCAUGUAGUCGUUUGCCACCUUUUUAUUUGAGGUGUGAACUUCGUGUGUACUCUUGGGCUCACUGGGUUUAGAGACUGAACCGGACCGGCGAACGAUAGGGGCACCCAUCACGUGAGCAGCACUAGACAACGAGCAACUUCACGUGCACUGGAUACUGUUACCAAGCAACGCCUUUCCGGGGAGACUGUUUAACUACUCCACCGUGAAGCCUUGCUAUGUACCAUUUGAAAUUUUUCUUUCAGUCUAAGGGAGUUUUUACACAUCUACGUUGUGUAUUUAUAGUACCUUUUUAUAGUUGGGUUUCGUAUUGUGAACCUCUUCAGGUUUAUCUUGUUGAAACUACCCAUUGCAGCACUACUAGUGUCUUUUCUUAUACAGAUUUAUAAAGCCAGCAGUGGCGAGUAAGUUUGGUGCUACAGUGCAAUAAAAGGAGAUAAAAAAUAAAUGGUGCCCAGCUCAUGGUGUGGCAAUAGUUAUGGGUUCCAAACAGUGAUUAGUGACCCAUGGGGCAAUGCGGAUAAAAAUCUGUAAUGGAAACUGUCAUUGGAAAAAUUAAGGAUUGCUUAUAUAACUAUCGUUUUGCUGUGACCUUUGUCCUUUUCUAUUUGUCUAUAUGCCACUAAGGCGCUGUGUCUGUAUGUGUGUGUGAGAACGUGUGUGUACUAUAAACUAGCCCAGGGAUUAUAAGAUGAGUGCAGCAGAGGUUUGCCAGCGUGCCUCUGUCCUGCCUUGGUUCACGGGUGGUGUGAGUUAAUCAACCCCACAAGUUGUGCUGAAUCAGGUUAACGCGGGGAUGCGGCAGUCUGAGCUGAGCGGUGACCAUGAAAAACUGAAGGCCACCGCCUUAGAACAAUCACACCUGACCUCAAGUGACCUUUACUGAGCUGUGCGUGGGAGGAGUCUGUUCAUGUUGUUUAGGUUGGCACCAGCCUGGUUAUGUCGUGUGUCGUUAAGAUGGUCAACAUCUGAGUCCUGCUGUGUCCUUGUGCCGAUUAUAUGGUCAAUAUUAUGACAAUGUUUGUUUGUUUUUUCUUUUGCACUGCCCAUACUUGAUACUGCAA